AUGAUGCGGGGAAAGCAGAUCCAAAAGGAAUACGUUGCCAAAGUAAAUGGCACAUUUGCAGGCGCUCCUGAUUUGCCUUGGAUUGACACCAUACGUGAUGACCAAGGAGUUGAAUGGAUUGCAUGCUCAGCGCCGCUUUUAAAAAUAGAACACAAACUUGGGCUUUGCGCUGUUUCUGAACAAGGAAAGGAGUCUCUGACCCUGUUAAGGCUGCAUGCUUACCAUUCUGUUAGCAACUCUUCGAUCGUCAUAUGUAAGCCAAUUACGGGGCGCACGCAUCAAAUCAGGGUACACCUUCAAUAUUUGGGAUACCCGAUCAUUGGAGACACCCUUUAUGCAGAUCCCAUGUGGCACCAAUAUGCCAAAAAUGGAUGUGUACACUUAGAUGACAUCUGGAAAAUGAGCUUUAUUUUGCAAAAUUCAAACCUUCCUAAUUACAAAGAAGACGAAUGUGCAGAGUUGGACAUCGAAGCCGAGAGGCAUUUGCAGCAGUCGAAAAAUUGUCUUCCCCAAUGGUUCGACCCAGAAUGCAUGGAUUGUAAAGCUCAAUGGGUGAGGUCUUUUCACGAUCCCGAAAUUCCCUUACAUAUUCCCAUUGGAUGCCCAGAGUCUCCUCCCCAACCUUUAUGUCUGCAUUCAUAUAAAUAUUGUACCGACAUGUGGAGCUAUUCAAUCCCUUGGCCCGGUUGGGCUAAACUUCAUUAA